AUGCUAGUGGCUUCUUUAGAUAAAGAAAACGUGGUGCCAACGACUCCAUCGCCCACGAAGGUACCCUCAACAAGGCCAGUGUCCAGUGCCUCGCCAUUGAGGCCGUUGCGUAACGACUCGAUGAAUGGUGCUCCCUGGAGUGUCAAGGCCAGAACCGAUGAGUACUUGAGGAAGGCUCAGAUGAGCCGUCAUGAGAGUAAAGUCCACGACAGUGGAGUCCGUGGAGUCAGAGCAGCAGACAAGGGUGUUUCUAGCAGAACCAGUCAGGAAUCGAGAACAGUUGGAAAGGAAACUAACAGAGUGGUUGAAAUGGCCAAACCAGCUAGAACAGCUGAAAUUCCUUUCAGAACUGUUGAAAAAUCGAUUUCUGGUGCUAAAACUGCUCUUUCUGACCCAUUUACCGUGUCCACUCCUCCCGUAACUCCCCACCAGUUGCUCGACCAGUACACCCGCAAGCAAAACCAGAUCAAAGAACACGAAAACCACAUCCAGAGGCUCCGUUUUGAGCUCGACGAGAUAGCAGCACAGCUCGAGUCUGCUAAGCGGGACGAGAAGUUCAGAGCACUCGAAGUGUCCAACAGACUCGACAUCUACAAACAGGCCCAUCUCGAGACCACCAGCCAGUUGCAGGGAUUGUCAGGCGAAGGACGAGAGUCCCGAGCAGGAGCAGAGCUCUUCAACACCAUCAAGAACCGUGCCUCCAGCAUGUUUGAGCCUGUUCAGAAUGAAGACUUUCUCAUCAAAAAUAUCACCAAGAAAGCGUCUUCCAUUUUCACGAUCCACAAUGACGACUUCACCAACAUCAAGAAAAAGGCUUCCACCAUGUUCCUGACCAGCAAGCGAGACUCGCAUCCGUUCCUGGUACAGAACGAUCGUUUCGACGAGCUCACCCAUAAAACCAGCCGCUUCUUCAGCGAUGUUAUAACCACCUUGUCUCCCAAAAAGACUGAUAGUUCAAAGAUGCCCGCAAUUGAUACCUCGUUCAAUAUCGACAACUUGUCAUUGGACGACGAACUGCACGAGUUGGUAUACGACGAAGAUGAGGAGAACUAUGAUGAGGACGAUGAGAACUACUUAGAUAUCGAUGACUACGAAAGCGACGGAGAAGUGCUGGCCUCCCUGAGCGACCUGCUUUCAACCAACUAA